GAAAAUCUUUCUGUAGUUCAUAGCUAUGCCGCUUCCAGCUUCUGGUGGAGCAGCGUUGAGAGCUGUGCCAAAGCUGGUCAUUCGUUUUUCUCGAAAAGGAUGCGCCAACCGUCCUUUCUACCAUCUUCAGGUGACCGAUAAAAUGGUGGAGCAAUGGGAACAGUGUAUAGAACAGCUAGGAACUUACGAUCCAUUGCCAAAUGAACGUAAUGAAAAGCUGGUCUCAUGUAAUUUUGAGAGAAUACGGUUUUGGCUUGGCGAAGGAGCCAAACUGUCAAAGGAUGCUGCAGCUAUGUUGGGUAUGGUUGGUUUCCUUCCCAUCCACCCGUCUUCAUACAUUCAUGCGUGGGAGAAGCGGAGAGCAGCGGAAUUGCCUGAACCGCCUAUGCCUAAAAAGCUGACUUGGCGUGAGCGUAAGAAGAUUCUAAUGCAGCAAGCCGAAGACAGAUUAAAAGCACCUGCAGUGGAAGAAGAGUUAAAAGAGUCUGAGGAAUUGAAGGAAUCCAGUCAAUCCUCAUGAUCUAGCCACCACAAUCUAUUCUCGCUUUUUCUUAGAUGUCUGAGACCAGGGCUUGUUGAAAGUUUUGUUAAUGUUAAAUGUCUGUACUUGUACAUAGGAAUAUUUUAUAAAUCAUUAAAACUCAUUCAGUAUGCAUGCUUUA